AUGGAUUCGACACUGCAUGAGGUUUGGCAGGCGGCAGCUGGCUCGCCCUUCAUCCCCACUGUUGGCAAGGGCAGUCAAUUCUGGGUCGCCUUCGUUCUGCUGGUCAUUGGCUUCUUCCUGACCGGCGCUUUCGCGCUGAACCGCUCACUCGUGAAUUUGCCCGUCCUCGCUGUUCCAGCGUCCCUGGCACUUGCGUUUGGCGUGGUUUACAUGUUCUGUGCGGUCGGAGUCUACGUCUAA